UUUUUGAGUAUGAUCAUUAUCACAAUAGCAUGGCGAUGACAUGUAUGCAAAGCCUGAAUGCAGUUUGUGAUUCCAGAGCCAGGCACAGGGGCUAAAUUAGGCAAAGAAAUGCUAUUAAACCCAUCCAGGUUUUCUAAGAUUAAAGGUGUCGCUUAUAAAGGCUUAUUCGUGGCCAGACUAGCAAUUUUAGCUGCCUUUGUGUGGGAUACCUUAUAGGCAGACAUGUCCUCCUUAUGGUGAAUCAGAAGGGAACAGGCCCCCACACGGCAAUCAUAAAUUGUGGACCUUAUGACAGAAAGCUGAUUUGCAUUCCUUUGCAAUUAGCAGUUAAACUUGCAAAUAUGUUUAACUAUGUCUAUCUUAUCAUGAAAAAAAUAUUUUUUUACUCCACACAUGUAAACACAUCCUUGUCUUUUUUGUAAGUUACAGGAAAUAUGACCCAGAAUAAAUGAUUUUAUCCAGAUGGAAAGUCCACAUUAUGUCAAACGUAUUAUGUAUUUUGCAUGCACAACUGCAUUGUGGCAAAGGUUUUUGCAGUUCAGGGGAAGAGAUGCAUUUUAAAGGUUUUGUAGAACUCCAGUGGAUUACUAGUAGGAUAAAUUACAAUACAUGAGCAAUAAUGGCAUACAAAUAGGAAACCGGAUGGAGGCUGCAUCAGCUGGUAAGCAAUGUCUCCUUCUGACUCAGUGUUUCAGAACAUUAGGUGAUGGAUAAGGUUUGUUUUUCUUCUCUUAAAAAAUUACUUCGAUUCGAGCAGACAUUUUGCAUCUUUCAGUGAAGCUGGAGGCUCCAGAGAAAGGGAGUGGGGGAGGCAGGAGAGAAUGCAAUCAUGAAUGUGGCAAAGGAAAGAACAAAGGCUCUUAGAGAUUAUGUUGGAACACUAAACAUUUUUGCAUUGGGGAUUCUUUUGCUAUAAACUGCGACUUCCCAAAACAGGAAAUCGUCAGGAAUUCUGGGCUUUUUACGAGCAUUAUGUUACUAAAAUCCAGCCUGCUCCUAGCUGUCUUUGGUAAUAUACAUCUGCAGUCAUGAGGAAAUAUAAUAGAAAUAAAGAUGGAGGAUAAACAGGAGGAAAAUGGGUUCUGAUCCAGUCUGAAAUUUGGGUUGUCCAUUGUAUUCAGGCGGAAUAAAGUAGACAAUCUUAAAAGCCUUGGGAGUAUUUUGAUUGGGUAAGUUCCAUGGAGGCUGGUGACAGGCAGGGUUCGCUGCAUUUAGAGGGUGACACAAGCAUUAAGGAACCUCUUUAUUUCCUGAUUGUGCAGCAGAUGACACAAGAUUUACGUCUAAACAAUUAACGUGACCAUGGGAGAUAUGAAGACUCCAGAUUUUGACGACCUUCUUGCAGCAUUUGACAUUCCAGAUAUGGUUGACCCCAAAGCUGCUAUUGAAUCUGGACAUGACGAUCAUGAAAGCCACAUAAAACAGAAUGUGCAUCCUGACGAUGAUUCUCAUGCACCUUCAUCCUCUGAUGUUGGUGUAAGUGUCAUUGUAAAAAAUGUGCGGACUAUCGAUUCCUCUGAAGGAGCAGAGAAAGAUGGUCAUCAUUCCACAGGAAAUGGUUUACAUAAUGGUUUUUUAACUGUAUCGGCUCUGGAAGGUUAUAAUAAAGAAGACGGCAAGUCUCUCAAAGAUGAGGGUUCAGUUUCAGAGACUACACUCAAAGAGUCAGCUUUCAGCCAGUUUAGCCCUAUCUCAAGUGCAGAAGAAUUUGAUGAUGAUGAAAAAAUUGAGGUUGAUGACCCUCCAGAUAAGGAAGAUAUGCGUGGAAACUUCAGAGCUAAUGUAUUAACUGGAUCACUCUCUCAGCAUGAUUUUGAAAAGUUAAAAGUGCUUGGAGGAGAGAACCUGAUUAAACCUGGAGUUGCAAGUUCAGGUAAUGCUGAUAAAAACAAGGUUCUUAAAAGAGACUCUGAAGCAAACUCUACAUCUUUAGGUUUGUAUGAACCUUUUAAAGCAAGAAAACUAGAUGAUAAACUGAUUAAAGACAAUCCAGAAAAAUCACUUGAAAAUAGAGUACUGGAUGGAAAAAUAGGCACUGAAAAGGGCGACACAAAUCUUACCAGUGUUUCACAGUCUAAAGCAAAAUCAUCCUCAAAACUCUCCUCAUGUAUUGCUGCAAUUGCUGCACUUAGUGCUAAAAAAGCAGCAACGGACAUUGUUAGAGACCUGCAGUCAAAUUCAAGAGAACCUUCACCCUUACCAAAAGAUACAAAUGAAAGUCCUAGGGCCAUUGAUAAAUCACCUGAAUCUCAAAGUCUCAUUGACUGCACUAAAAAAUCAUCUGUGAAACAGCCAGACAGUCCCAGAAGUGUAUCGAGCGAGAACAGCAGUAAAGGGUCUCCACAAUCACCUGCAGGCUCAACACCAGCAAUUCCAAAAGUUCGCAUAAAAACUAUCAAGACUUCAUCUGGGGAAAUCAAACGAACAGUUACAAGAGUGUUGCCAGAAAUUGAUUUGGAUGGCACUAGAAAGCUAGAGCAAACAGCUUCCAUGGUGGCUUCCGUAACGUCAUUGUUGUCUUCUCCAACUUCUGCUGCUGUCCUGUCUUCUCCCCCAAGAGCACCACUCCAGUCAACGGUCGUCACCAAUGCGGUUACUUCUGCAGAGCUCACUCCAAAACAGGUCACCAUUAAACCUGUGGCUACUGCUUUUCUUCCAGUAUCGGCUGUUAAGACAGCAGGAUCCCAGGUUAUCAACCUGAAGCUUGCUAACAACACUACAGUGAAGGCCACAGUAAUAUCUGCAGCAUCGGUGCAAAGUGCCAGCAGUGCCAUUAUCAAAGCUGCCAACGCUAUACAGCAGCAGACUGUUGUGGUGCCAGCAUCCAGCCUUGCCAGUGCAAAACUUGUGCCAAAGACUGUCCAUCUUGCCAACCUUAAUCUACUGCCUCAAAGUGCUCAGACCACCUCUGAACUCCGCCAAGUGCUCACCAAACCUCAGCAACAGAUCAAGCAGGCAAUAAUUUCUGCAGCAGCUUCACAGCCUUCCAAAAAAGUAUCCCGAGUCCAGGUGGUCUCGUCUCUACAGAGCUCUGUGGUCGAAGCUUUCAACAAGGUGCUCAGCAGUGUUAACCCUGUCCCCAUUUACAUCCCAAACCUUAGUCCUCCUGCAAACACCGGCAUCACUUUACCCACACGUGGCUAUAAGUGUUUGGAGUGCGGGGAUUCGUUUGCUCUUGAGAAGAGUCUGGCACAGCAUUACGAUAGAAGAAGUGUGCGCAUUGAAGUCACCUGCAACCACUGCACAAAGAAUCUUGUUUUCUACAACAAGUGCAGCCUUCUCUCUCACGCGCGGGGACACAAAGAGAAAGGGGUGGUAAUGCAGUGUUCCCAUUUGAUUUUGAAACCAGUUCCAACAGAUCAAAUGAUAGCUUCUUCUACAGGUAAUGCUUCUGUUACAGCAUCCAUUCUUCAGAGCUCCAUUAUGGGCACUCACACUAUAACAAAGAUACAGUCUGGCAUAACUGGGACAGUCAUAUCGGCUCCCGCAAGUACUCCUGUUCCUCCAGCAAUGCCUCUAGAUGAAGACUCAUCAAAGCUAUGCAGGCAUAGCCUCAAGUGUUUGGAAUGUAAUGAAGUUUUCCAAGAUGAGACAGCUCUAGCGACACACUACCAGCAGGCCGCGGAUUCAAGUGGACAAAAGACCUGCAGUAUAUGCCAGAUGUUGCUUCCAAACCUCUGCAGUUUUGCAUCGCAUCAGAGAAUUCAUCAGCAUAAAUCUCCAUACACUUGUCCUGAAUGUGGUGCAAUAUGUCGGUCGGUGCACUUCCAGACCCAUGUCACAAAGAACUGCCUCCAUUACACCCGAAGGGUUGGCUUUCGAUGUGUUCACUGUAACGUAGUCUACUCGGAUGUGGCUGCUCUCAAAUCUCACAUUCAAGGCUCUCACUGUGAAGUCUUCUACAAGUGUCCGAUUUGUCCCAUGGCGUUCAAGUCAGCACCGAGUACACAUUCCCAUGCAUAUACGCAACACCCUGGGAUCAAGAUCGGGGAACCCAAAAUCAUAUACAAGUGUUCUAUGUGUGACACGGUGUUUACCCUGCAACCUCUGCUAUAUCGCCACUUUGAUCAACACAUUGAAAACCAGAAGGUGUCUGUCUUUAAGUGUCCAGAUUGCUCUCUUUUAUAUGCACAGAAGCAACUUAUGAUGGACCACAUCAAGUCUAUGCACGGGACACUGAAAAGCGUUGAAGGGCCACCAAACCUGGGUAUCAAUUUGCCACUGAGCACAAAGCCCACCACACAGAACUCAGUCAGCCACAACAAAGAGGACUCCAAGUCUGUUAACGGAACAGAAAAAACAGAGAAGAAGUCUCCCUCUCCUGUGAAGAAGGCAGAUCCCAAAAAGGCACCCAACCCUGGCUGGACAUGCUGGGAAUGUGAUCGGUUGUUUACCCAGAGAGAUGUUUACAUAUCCCACAUGAGGAAAGAACACGGAAAGCAAAUGAAGAAACAUCCUUGUCGACAGUGUGACAAAUCUUUCAGUUCAUCGCACAGCCUUUGCCGUCACAAUCGAAUCAAGCACAAAGGCAUUCGGAAAGUUUACACCUGCUCGCAUUGCCCAGAUUCAAAGCGUACUUUUACCAAGCGAUUGAUGUUGGAAAAACACAUUCAGUUGAUGCAUGGCAUUAAGGAGCCUGAUGUGAAAGAGUUUGUAGAAUCAACCAACCUAGGAGAAAGUGCAGUGAAAGAAGAUGCCAAGGUUCCCAGUCCAAAGCGUAAACUGGAGGAGCCUGUGCUGGAAUUCAGGCCCCCUCGAGGCGCCAUCACCCAGCCGCUAAAGAAACUGAAGAUCAACGUUUUUAAAGUUCACAAAUGUGCGGUGUGCGGCUUUACAACAGAGAACCUUCUCCAGUUCCACGAACAUAUUCCCCAGCACAAGUCUGAUGGCUCGUCUUACCAAUGUCGGGAAUGUGGUCUCUGUUACACCUCCCACGUAUCUCUCUCCAGGCACCUCUUCAUUGUGCAUAAGCUGAAGGAGCCACAGCCGGUCUCGAAACAGAACGGAUCUGGGGAAGACAGUCAGCAAGAGAACAAGCUCAGCCACGAAGAGGCGUCCCUAAACAAUGCCGUAUCCGACAGGAAGUGCAAAGUUUGUGCAAAGACCUUUGAAACUGAAGCUGCCUUAAACACCCACAUGAGGACACAUGGGAUGGCCUUUAUUAAAUCCAAACGAAUGAGUUCAGCUGAAAAAUGACUCUCCCAUCCCAUAUGUGUUUUCCAAAAGCAAAAAAGCCUCACUACAGUUGGUCCUCCACAUUUGCGGGUUUAAAUUUUCCAGAUUUGAUUAUUUGCAGAUUUGGUUAAUAUGUUCUCUCUAGGAAUCUCUAGAUCUUCCAGCAUGCCCAUAGAAUUGCACUGGAGAACCUAGAUAUUGCUAGAGAGAACACUUCUUUAGGCAAUUGUAGGUCCUCCAACAUGAUUCUGUGGUCGACAUCCAGGAGACAUGGACCACAUGGUCAUGCUGGAGGACCUAGGGAUUCCUAAGGAGGUGUUCUCUCAGGUUAACAAAAAUAGGAUUUUUAAAAACAGUUUUUCCACUUUCGCAGAGCUCCUGCACCCCUAACUGCAGCGAAUGUGCAGACUGUCCUCCAGAACAGAAUUACCCUUCUUCUCUUUUUCUCAUUUUUUUUUUCAGUACAGAAUAUUUCCCACCCCACUCAAUAGAAUUAACAGUUCUUCUUUAAACUGUUGCAAUAUAUACUCAUAGGAUUUUUCCUGACCUCAUCACUAUAGAUAAAGAUAUACACACACAUGUACAUAUACAUACACAGACAUAUAUUUUUUAAAAAUACUCAAAACAGCAUUAAGUGAAGCAGUAUUUGAGUUGAAACAGAGUUUGUAUAUAUUUAAACGGAUAGUUUUUAUACCCUUUGUUAUGUGUUCGUAUUGGUACUUGACGGGAAUUCCUAGUUGGCUUUUUUGUCAGUCUUUUUUGUUGUUGUCUUUUCUAACUGCAGAUUUGUUUUCCUACAAAUUUGUUAUAUUGCUUCAUGGGUCAUUCUGUUCUGAUGUUAUGUAAAGGAGCAUGGAGGCAUAAUGUCUUCCUGUAUUUUCUUUCCCUAGCAUACUGACUGUGUCAGGAACUUGAGCUACACAAUUCCUUCAUUUGCCAGUGCCAUCCUUCUUAGAAACAGGGUGAUGCUGAACUGUAUAUGUCACCAUUCUUUCUGGUGAAAACUAAAGUCAAAUUACCAGAGUCAUGUGGACUGUUGUACUCCAGGCUGGCUCAUACAUCUCUAAACCAGAAAGAGCACUGAAAUGUCAACUAAUACUUGUGUCAGAUGAAACAGUAAGGCGAAGAAUGCAAAAAGAUAAAUUAGAAGCAUGUAUUUGGGGUUUUCUUGAAUGAUCAUGCAGACUUGUUCCUCACCUAGUACAUUUAUAGAUUCUUAUGACCAGAAGGAUUGGGGAUCAUUUGAUUCUAAUGCUUUGAAUAAAAAGUAUCGGUGCUUUUUUCUCUCCAUGUUAAUAUUAGGGAAGGAGGCAUCUCUUGUACACACAGAUUGCAGUGGCUGUACCAGCCACAAAGAUAAUCUCCUGAAUGAAAGUCUCACAGAAUUAGUGGGAGCUGCAGAAAAGCACAAGUCUUCUUUUCUGCAGUGCUUGUGCAAGAUAAAUGUCUUGUUUGUAUGUAAGCAUCAUGUUCCUUAGUUCCCCUCCAUUGCACUUUUGAAAUAGGUCACUCCUGCACAUAUUUCAGUAUUUUCUGUAAAAUGAAAUUCAGGAUUAAUUUUAAUGUGUACUAUACGGUACAUAAUUUUAGUGUUACAGAGAGAAAUUCCACAGUGAAAUAUUUCUGCACACUUCACUGGUUGCAUUAGGUGGUGGGAGGCCACCAAAUGAUGCUAAAUCAGAUGUUCUUAGACUCAAGAUCAUGUCAAAAAAUCAUAGGAACUUGCCUUAAACUCCCGGGUCAGAUUAUUUGUCCAUCUAACCCACUGUUGUUUGUCUUCUUUGACUGACAGCAGUUUUAUACUCUUAAGGAUUUGAAACUGGAACCUUUUGCAUGCAAGUCAUUUGCUCUCCCAUGCACAGUUAGCUUGGAGCACGUGUUCAAAGGGACACUUUUGUAUAAAACACAAGCAGUAUUUUGGGAAGCAUGUAAAACCAGGAUGGAGAAUGUCUGGGUUUUACAUGUCCCACCAAACCUAUUUUGGUGGCUUCAGGGGCCCAGUAGCCUGCACAAAACGUAGAUUGGAUAAAGAAAGUAAUCUUUAUUCCAAAUGACCCCAUGCACUCUGUAGGUAGGGGGUCAGGAGAAAUCUUUGCCCUACAUUUUUAAAAAUAAAAUGAACACUUUCCAUAUGAUAACAGAAACAGAACUGGUUGUAUACAGUAAGUGGGAUACAGAUAGAAUUGAAAGGAGUAAUUUAAGCAGUGGGGUCUGUGACUCUAUGCUAGUAACAGUGAAUCCACAAAUUCACUUAUCCAGGCUAAGAGAUAAGUGGUCUCUUACAGCAGUGGUUUUCAACCUGUGGGUCCCAAGAUGUUUUGGCCUCCAACUUCCAGAAAUCCUAACAGCUGGUACACUGGCUGGGAUUUUUGGGAGUUGUAGGUCAAAACAGCUGGGGACCCAAAAGCUGAGAACCACUGUCUUACAGACACCGAUUUUUGGGGGGAAGCCCUGUAGCAUAUCAUGGAAAACAGGUGGUAUGGCUGUUUUCUUAUAUUUUCCAGCUCUGGAGUUACAUGGAUUUUUUAUCUGUCCUUAAAGCCAUUUAAGGUUUGCAAUUGUUCAUGAAUAUGUAUGAACAAUUGUGAAUUGGUUCAAAAAGAUAUCCCUAAAUUUGCCAUCCAGUGUGUUUCAACCACCUGUUACUUUCACAGUCUUUUAGCUACUCACUUCCGUUCUGCUUUGAAUUCAGUGCUGUAUUCAGAUACUAGUUUAAUUUCCUCCCAAUCUAGUGGCCUCAAUUAAGCAAGGAGCCUCUAAAACUACUGACUGUCGCGUUUAUCUUGUUUUAGUCUCCCGGAUUCUAUAGAUGAGGCAGGGAUUCAAGCACGUUUAAGUGGUUCUUGAUAACAGAAUUGAAAUAUAUGUUACCGAGGUGAUGUAAAGAUAGAUUUCUACUUCAGAAGGAUGAACAUUUUUUAAAAAAAGGAAAAGACAGACUGACACAAUUACAUGUAUAUGUCAAGCAUGUAUCACAGAAGGAUCAUUGAGAUAAGAAUAACUAGGCACUUUAAAUGCAAAAGGAUUCAAUAGAGGAAUAAUAUUUGUCUUUGCAAAAAAAAUGUAAUUUCUGUUUUGUUUUUAUAUCUAGUGUACAACUCAAACAUUCCAUAGAAUGCUGAAAUUUUCUGAAUGAUUCUGUUGGGAGUGUUUCUAAAUGUUCCUGUAUGGCAACGGGUUGAACUGGGAGGCCCUUGUAGUCUGUGACUCUAUGCUAGUAACAGCUUGAAGACAGGGAUUGGCAACUUGCAACUUUGGGUGCAAGGAAUUGUCAAAAAGAACAAUUUUUCAAUUGAAAAAGCCUCAAUGAUAAGAUAAAUCAAAUCAAUGUGUGAAAGCAGCAUGCACUUUGUUUACUAAUGUUCCAUGAAUCCCCUUGAAAGCACCGUUAGGGAUGAAAACUGGGCAUGCACUCCCAAAAGCUUUGUGUUGAAAGGGAAUUGUCACUUUUUGCAACUACAGAUCUAGUAAAUUUCAGGUGUUGGGGACUGUUUGGCAGUGAGUUGUUUCUGAUAUGUCUCAUUCACUCAUUUCUGACUUAUGGCAGAGCUUUGUUGCUGUGAUUUGUUCAGAGGUGAUUUACCAUGGCCUUCAUCUGAGAAAGUAUCACUUGCCGAAGGUCACCCUGUGGGUUUCCAUGACUGAGAAGGUAUACAAACAUUGGUCUCAUUUUUAAAAAAUUAAUUAAACAAACCCUGGUCUCCCAGAGUCAUAAUUUGGAACUCAAACCAUUGCCUCUAGCAGGGAGAUGCUACCAUAAAAACAAGGGGAUGAAUGUAGGCCACAAACCAUGUGUGGCCCACUCAUGUUUUAUACAGAGUGUUUCAGAUAAAUAUUUUCAGUUAUCCUUAAAUAAUUUCCAAAAAUUAGACCAGUAUUAUUAUAUUUACAUUAUAAAUUAGGGUUGGGGUACGAUGCAGAGACCCCAGAAUGAGUUCAUAGUUCAAAGAAAAAUCAAAGCUAGGAUUUCCAGUUCAUGCUCUUGACCAGGCAUGGCCAAACCUCGACCCUCCAGGCAUUUUGGACUUCAACUCAGUAGGCUGUUAGGAAUUGUGGGAGUUGAAGUUCACCUGGAAGGCUGAAGUUUGCCCAUGCCUGCUCUUGACUCAUGACAGUGCAUCAGCUCAUACCUGUCUUGGAUUAUACUGACAGUAUCAUGGGACAAAUAGUAUUAUCUUAGUCCUUUCAAAUGUAAUGUAGCCCUCAGAAUUCUAAAUAAAAAUACAAUAUAUGGGUUUUUAAUCAUUGCUAGGCUUACUAAGAAAAGCUUCCAUUUUUUUUACUGCCAUUUUAAAAAAAAGAUAAUACUUACUAGAUCUUAUGGUUAUGACUGUUGGUGUAGUGAAGAGCUAAAGAUCGUCCAGGCUGAUUUUUCACACUAAAGCAAUGUACACAGAUGGCUUCCUGAUACAUAAGUUUCCUAUAUAGGUUUAGCAGAUGGCCUGUCAAUUGCUUCUUCUUAAGCUAUCGGAUGUGGGGGAACCAACAGUUUCCUCCCAAAUGUUCCAGGGAGCAGAACCUUCUUUAUGUCUCUUGGUUACAAUUGCUUCUUUCUUUCCAGGACACUGUCCACAGACUGGCAAAUGAUGGCUCAAGAGGUCAAUGGUGGUCCUCGGACCACCAGUUUGAGUAGCAUUGAUCUGUCAUCUUCCUUUUAUGGGAAUCAUCACAUGGGCAGUAGCCAUGACCUGGAGUCUCUCCAAUUAUACAUUUAAUCAAACAGUUACUUUAUUUUAUCUUGCCUCUCUCUCAAGAAAGGCAGCUUUUUCAAGGAUGGAAACCAAGGAGACUUGCAGGAUAAAAUAAAUGCAAAUAAAACCACGUGUAGCUAAGAAGCUGAAGAUUGUUUACGUUGGGCAGGGGCGGCCCCUUUUUUUUCUACAAAGGGAAAGGCUCCAAAGGGAAUUCUUAUUUGAUUCAAAAAUCUUUCCUUGAUUUGUUAAGGGAAACAUGGUGCUUGUAUAAACACAGCAGUAUAUCAGUUUACAUCAAAACUAUUGGAUUAGGCUGAAUGUUGUCAAACGACAUCUUUAUUGGGUGUCUUACUUGUAAUGCUAUUCCUCUCCAAACAUAAAUAUAGGUUGUAUACCCCUUAUAUGAAAUGCUUGGGACCAGAAGUGUUUUGGAUUUUGGAUUUUUUUUCAGAUUUUGGAAUACCUGUAUUGCACACACAUGCAUAAUGAUAUAUCUUGGAGAUGGGAUCCAAUUGUAAACAUGAAAUUCAUUUAUGUUUUGUAUACACCUUUACACAUAGCCUGAAGGUAUUUUAUAAACAAUGUUUUUAACUAUUUUGUGCAUGAAACAAAGUCUGUGCACAUUGAACCAUUAGAAAGUAAAGAAGUCUCCAUCUCAGCCAGCCAUGAGGACAAUUUUGCAGUCUCUCAAAAUUUUGGAAUUCCAGAUGAGGAAUGUUCAACCUGUUUAUUGCUUUUGAUAUGUAUUUUCAAAAUACUACCAGUUUCCUCAAUGUGAUAUUUGGUGCUUUUUGGUGGUGGUGGUAGGGAACAUCUCAAAAUGUACCUACUGUCACUAGUUAAUAAUUAAUUUAGGGGGUCUAGAAAAGGUACCAUAUGCUGCCCUUUUAACAUGAAAUCCUUUCAAUAUUUGGAGGUGAUGUUGUUAUUUUGCUUUUAUGUCGUAUAUCUGUUCCCUAAACAUUUUUGUACUUUUUUAGAAAUGGAAAAUAAUCUUGUGUAAUUAUGUAUGUAUGUAAAUAUGUAUAGGGAGACAAAAAGAUGCCUGCAUGUUUAUACCUCUAGUAAACGUUCCUUUCUGAAAAACCAAGGGGAGAUUUUGCUGCUCUCAGAUGUUACACAUUUUGUCCAUAGUUAUUGUAUUAAACACAUUUCACAUGUAAAUAAAUGUGGGGCAAUGUAUUUUGCUUUUAUUGCCCUGAAAGAAUUAUAAAAUUCUGUAUUUAUUGACAAAUUAUUCGUCAUCCAUUUUAAAGAGAGGAGAUACUGAUCUUGUAAAGACUUUGUCAAAAACAAGACGUUCUUGCUGUCUUGGGACAUUUUUGGCUCUUUGUUUCACAGAUGGUGACUUGUGGUUCUUCCCAUUCCUGCCCCUACUAUUUGUAAUCAAAUAUUGGAUGAUUAAUGGAGAAUUUCUGGAUUCCUGCAGCUGAAUAUUUCGGUUCCUGUUACACUUCUGUCAGUGAUGUAUACUAGCUUAUCACUGCCUUUAAAACAAAAAGAAAACUGUGUACCUCUGAAAGCCUCAUGCUCGUUGAUGUGCACUUUUUGACUUGUAUAGCCAAAUGGGCAUCACUAUGCGGGGAUGGUUGGUUUGGGUUUCUUUUGUACAGAGGGAAUGAAAUAAUAAAAGUUACCUUUUUAUUACAGGCA